AUGGCUCUUCGCCCAGGCGGCUCGCCGUCACCAUCGCCAGACCCGGUCCAGCAGCAACAACAUCAGCAGAGCCGCCAAUCCUCCGCACAGCAACCCUCCCAGUACGGUGGACAGCCAACAGCAUCGACACCUCAGUAUGGCGCGGGCGCGCCCUUGAAUCGACCACAGAGCAAUAACCAACAACCUACCAACUUCAGCACUCGCUUUUCGAGCGCAAAUUUCCCGUCACCUGUCGAAGCAGGUUCAGGACAAUCUCCCAUUUCACCCGCCCCAAAUCCAUUUGUGGAUCACCAACAGAACCACUCCCGCUCUCGUAGCAGCACCGCCGGUCAAUCCAGUCAAUACAACCAGUACCAUCCCAACACCAAUACCGAUGGGCCGCCACUACAACCUCAACACUCGGGCUAUGUCUCCCCCUCCAACGGCGCUGCUCUGCAACCAACCACAUCCCGUCCAACCUCCCGCUCGACCAUGAACACAACCACCCCAUCGCGCCCAACAACCGCAAAGUCUCCCUUCAGCACCCCCAUCUCCGCCCCACCUCGAUCGCGCCCCGCGCAAAUCCUCCUCAUCAACCCCAACUCCACACGCAGCAUGACCGACAACAUGCUCGUGCACGUCCGGCCCUCCCUCCCCGCCAACGUCGAACUCACCGGGUACACGGCGCCCUACCCUUCCCCGCUGGCGAUCGAAUCCGCUACUGACGCGAUCAUGUCUACUGAAGCCUGCCUGCGCGACCUCGCUAAGCACGCCGCGCCUAAUGGGGAGACGAUUCAGAACUUUGACGGGUUGAUCGUGGCGUGCUACUCUGCGCAUCCGCUGAUCGAUGCGUUGCGGGAAGCGUAUGACGUGCCUGUUAUCGGGAUCAUGGAGGCGAGUCUGUACGUGGCGCGCAUGUUGGGUGCGCGGUUCGGGAUCGUGAGUACGAGUUUGCGGUCGAAGUUUAAGCAGGAGGACGCCGUGGAGGCGUAUGGGUUGUCGCAUUUCUACGUUGGGUCGGAGGCCACACAACUUGGUGUGCUAGACCUCGAUGCGAAGGGGAGCAGCGCGGGACAGGAAGUGAACAAGCGGGUGGCGCACUGUGCGCGGGCGCUGGCGGCGAGGGGCGCGGAUACGAUUUUGUUGGGGUGCGCGGGGAUGACAGAGGUGAUUAGGGCGGCGAAGGAUGGAGUCAGGGAGGAGGAUGGGCGGAGGACGGUGAAUGUCAUUGAUGGGGUGGAGGCUGCUAUUCCAGCUGAUGAGUGGACUUGUGGGGAUGGCGGUGCCGACGAGUAA